ACAUUUUAGUGUAAGACUCACGACUGGAUUUAUGGAAGUGUCUGCACGUUUCCUCCGCUAACAUUUUCUAAUUGUGUAAUUUGAAUGCCUUGAGAGGAUACCUUCAUAACCUUAAUUUAAAGACAAUUAGAAGAUGGCUAACAAGGCAGAGUCCACAAUGAGCACUUCCACUAGUGAGAGUGUGUCCCACAGUGUGCUGAGCUGGGACCAGGUGGGCCGUCUCAAUGAGGUCCUGACAGCAGUGGUGCCGGUCCACGGCCGAGGGAACUUCCCAACCCUGGAGGUGCGGCUGAAAGACAUUGUUCAGAUGGUGCGCACCCGUCUGGAGCUAAGGGGAAUUAAAGUGAAAGACGUCCGUCUGAACGGCUCUACAGCCAGCCAUGUGCUGGUGCAGGACAUUGGCUGGAGCUACAAGGACCUGGACAUCAUCUUCAGGGUGGACCUGCCCCUGGAGUCAGGGUUCCAGCUGGUCAAAGAUGUGGUGCUGGGCACUCUGCUGGACUUCCUCCCUGAAGGGGUGAACAAGGAGAAGAUCACCCCCAUGACCCUAAAGGAGGUCUAUGUUCAGAAGCUGGUCAAGGUGUAUACAGAGCAGGACCGCUGGAGCCUCAUCUCCCUCUCCAACAACAACGGGCGCAACGUGGAGCUGAAGUUUGUGGACUCUAUCCGCCGGCAGUUUGAGUUCAGCGUGGAUUCAUUUCAGAUCGUGUUGGACUCGCUGCUCUCCUUUUACGACUUCUCGCCGGAGAACCCUAUGUCUCGCCACUUCCACCCCACUGUGGUGGGUGAGAGCGUGUACGGGGACUUUGGUGCGUCUCUGGACCACCUCGUGAACAAACUGAUCGCCACCAAGCGGCCGGAGGAGAUCCGUGGCGGCGGCCUUCUCAAGUACUGCAACCUACUGGUGAGAGACUUCCGGCCCACCUCGGAGGAGGAGUUCAAGGGCCUGGAGCGUUAUAUGUGCUCCCGCUUCUUCAUCGACUUCCCCGACAUUGGUGAGCAGCAACGGAAGCUGGAAGCCUACUUACAGAGCCACUUUGUGGGUGAGGAGAAGAGCAAGUAUGACUACCUCAUGAUCCUGCGGCGCGUGGUCAACGAGAGCACGGUGUGCCUCAUGGGCCACGAGAGGCGGCAGACCCUUAACCUAAUCUCGCUGACAGCCUUCAGGGUGCUGGCUGAGCAGAACGCCAUCCCAGACGCAUCCAGUGUCACCUGCUACUACCAGCCGGCACCCUACGUCCGAGACCACAACUUCAGCAACUACUACGUUGCCUCGUGUAACCAGAAUAUUCCAACAUGGCUGCCAUGUAACUGAGAGACCCAUAUAACACGAAGACUGCUGCUUUGAGAAAGGGGGAAAAAAGAGAAUAAAGUCAGAUGUGCCAAAAAAAAUAGAUAUUUUGCUCUGUAGUCAUAAAGGAUAUAUUUAAAUGGCCAAGUGUUUAGUUUUUAUUUUGGUCUCCCUUCUCCUUUCUCAUUCCUUAUCUACAGAGGUGUCAAGAUCAUUGGAUCAAAAGUGAUAUUUUUUAAAUGUUAUUUUGAUUAUAUUUUUUUUCCUUUUCUCAGAUUGUAAUGUUUUUGUUUGUUUCCCCUAAUGAGAAAAUUGGCUUCAAAUUAA